GUCAUUGUCAUUGUCAUUGAGUGUAAGAUGAUCGCGCUCGAGCCAAUUUUGUCUAGCUGAGCGCAUUCAUUGAGCGUGAAUGAAUGAAUGCUUCUAAGUUGCGUGUUGGCUUUUGUGAUCAAAUCAUCAUGAUCAAAAGCCAGCAAGCGAUUUCAAAAGAAUGUUGUCAGCAGAGGAGACAGCUGAUGGGAGAUACAACGACAACCAACAAGCAGGGCCAUCAUCAUCCCAGCGACACCAAAACACGCGAGAAGAAUUGAAAAAGAAAUCACUACAAGUGAACGGAUAUGGAGACGGAGAAUCACGAAGAAAAGCAUGGCUUCAACUAUUGGAUCUAGAAGAUAUUGGGAAAAAGCUUCCUGACUAUGUUCGUGCAACGCAAAACGAUGAACAAUCAAAUCGCUUGACUGACAAUGCAGAUGUAAGUAUACCACUCGACAAUGAAGGUUGGCAGAUUGCAUCUCAUCAUUUACCCAGCGGAUCAUACGAUGAAGAUACAAAGACGAGUCUACAAGAGGCUUUACGUGAUAGCAAGUCAGAAGCAGACAAACCACCUGACGACGAUGAAUGGAGCGUUGCGACGAGUAAGAGAACCAGAAGAAGACGUCGUCAAGCAGAAGUGGAGGGAAGCGAAUUCACGACAACAAAUGGAUCACCUGCGACUGUCAGUCAAAGUGGAACGAGUGCAACUACACCUGAACUAAUCUCUCGUGAGACUAGCGUGUCGGGAUUCCCACGAAUCAGUCAUGAUGACAAGGAGACCGAUGCAGAAACAGCUAGAGACGCUUUGAAAGCUGAACGGAAAGCUCGUAAACGUCUCAAACGUAAAGGCUGGCAUUCGUCAGCAAACGAAGCGCACGCAAACAGUGCUCAGAAUGAUGAGGAUGAAGCGCAUCAGUAUGACCUGAGCUCGUCAAUCGUGCAUGUGAACCGCGAUCCAAGUUCGGGAAGAGAUCUCGGGGAAGGAAAGAAGCACAAAGAUGAAGAUCAAGUUGCUCUGGAUAUCCGAAGAAGCUUUAUUGGAUUGGGAGAUAUACCAUUACGGAUCGUCAGACGGAAAGAGUUGAGCGCUGUGAUUGUUGGUGUAUUGCGAAGACAUCCUGCUUUGAAUUAUUAUCAAGGCUAUCACGAUGUUGUCAGCGUUCUACUUUGUGUAAUGGUCCCGCACUUAGAAUCUAGAGAAGAGGACUCCAUUCAGCCAGCAAAUCAGGUUACUUUGGAGGCGGUAGUGGAUGUCGCUUGUCGAUUGAGCUUGCACUUUCUGCGAGAUGCAAUGACGGAAAACAUGACGCCAACCUUAGGUCAUCUGAAAGUAUUGCGGGACAUAUUGCGUCACAGAAGCUCUCAAGAAGGUAACAGAAAUCUGGCAAAGAAAGUAGAGCAAGCUGCACCUUUGCCAUACUUUGCUUUACCUUGGUUGCUGUCCAUGUUUGCCCAUGAAUUGGAUAUUUCGCUUGCCCAAUUGGUGUUCGAUUACGUACUGGCUCGUGGACCGGCAAGUGUUCUAUACGUUUCUGCUGCUCUCAUUGAGCAGUUUCAAGGGCAUAUCGAUGCUUCCGAUGCAGCUGAAAUGCAUCAUAAUCUCUCACAAUUGCCAACUUUAAUCACUGUGGCUACUUUGCCGUCCAUUCUGGAAAAAGCGGAUAGUCUGGCUGAAAAUGCACCUAUCUUGUACUCUGCACCUGAGUCCAAGCCUGCAAUCAGUCAUGGUGUGAUGGGAAGAAGAAGUGUGUUGUACACUUGGUCCUCUCUAUCACAUGCCAAAGAUGACUGGCAGACUGCUGAUCAAAGUGCAGACGCAAUCCUGCAUGGCGAUAGCAAGGAAAUUGUCUUGAAUGCCCUGCCCACUCCACCAGUUUCUGAAGUAGAUGGAGAUGACUAUGCAGGGAAUGCAGAGGCACACAUCAAAAAUGAUAAAGCAUUGGUCUCGUAUAAAUGGUGGCGUAAAGGCAAAAAGGGAUCUCAAUCAGACAAACGUAAACAGAUUUUACGAAACAAUACUGCCAUUUUGGCAUGGGUUGGUGCUUUUGGAGCUAUGAGCGCAGCGGCUUUGAUCAUUUUGUAUGGCGGCGGGGGCGGUGGCAGUCAUACCUCUUUUCCUCUAAGCAGCACCGGUGGUAUAGGAAGUGCUUUUCCUGCUGGUUUACGAGUAGCCGAACCUCUUCGGGUGUUGCUGCGAAAUGCACUUCAACAUUGAUUCCUAUUUGAUACCCUCACAAGAAUAUAUACCAUGUACAAAUACUUGAAUGUCAUUUCACUCUCAUAUUUUAAGUGAAUCACUUUCGCGUUUGCCUUUUCUGUGACUAUCUUCCUCCGCCACGUUUGCUACGAGCAAGAUGAUUUCGGUUGUCAGGAUUGCCGUCGUCAUUAUGACCUGGUCCUUUUCCGCCUAUCAGCUUGCGCUCUUGAAAGCUCCUGAAAACGAUUGAGCAUUGCCUCUAAAUGGUCAAAUAAUUGAGCCUUCUCAUUUAUCAACCUGACAAUCUCGG